CAAAGCCGGAAGAAGAUGUCAAAACUGGGCGGGGCCAAAGACGGAAGUAAAGACAACAAAACAACACAUCUGUGUGUCAAUAAUCAUCAAAUAUAAGUCAUAUUCAUGCUAUAUUCGAAGAUAUGCCAUUUAUGUGUCCGGCAGCAUUGGAUUAUUCAGACCACGACUGUGUUUGCAUGAAACCUUUGCACUACUGAGCACCGGAAUGGAGGAGACCAGCCGGGAGGCGGUUGCCACAGCCGUCCAGCGUGUUGCAGGAAUGCUGCAGAGAUCUGAUCAGCUGGACAAAGUGGAGCAGUACAGAAGAAGAGAGGCCAGAAAGAAAGCCUCAGUUGAAGCAAGGCUGAAGGCAGCCAUCCAGUCUCAGCUGGAUGGAGUUCGCACUGGGCUGACGCAGCUGCACAGUGCCCUACUGGAUGUGAAGGACAUUCAGAGCUCGCUAACCGAUGUGAGCAAAGACUGGAGGCAGAGCAUCAACACCAUAGAAAACCUAAAAGAUGUCAAGGAUGCUGUGGUCCAACAUAGUCAGCUGGCAUCUGCUGUGGAAAACCUAAAAAACAUUUUCUCAGUCCCAGAGAUUGUGGCCGAGACCCAGCAGCUGAUAGAGCAGGCGGAGCUGCUUCAGGCACACAGGAAACUGAUGGAACUGGAGAGUUCUCGAGACGACCUCAUGUACGAGCAAUACCGUAUGGACAGCAAGAACACCAGCGACAUGCAUCUCAUCUCCAUCUACUUUGAAGAUGUCCAGGCUUUGUCAGAUGAGCUUGCCAAACAGUUAUGGAUGGUUCUGCAGAGGGCCAUGGUGACGGUACGUCGCGAUCCCACCAUGCUGGUGUCAGUGGUUCGUAUCAUCGAGCGUGAGGAGAAGAUUGACCGGCGUAUGGUAGACCGUAAAAAGCAGACGGGGUUCAUCCCACCUGGACGACCCAAAAGAUGGAAAGACAGAAUGUUUGAGGUGUUGGAGGGUACAGUCAGUACCCGCAUUGAAGGCACCCAGGCGGUGACAAGAGAAGCCGAUAAAAUGUGGCUGGUUCGUCUUCUGGAGAUAACUCGGAAAUAUGUUCUAGAUGACCUCAUUGUUGUGAAGAACCUCAUGGUUCAGUGCUUCCCCCCACAUUACAACACCUUCAACAGGUUUUUCAGCCUCUACCACAAUGCUGUAUCCACUCGGGUCAAAGAACUGGCCUUUGAAGACUUGGAGGCUAAUGAGAUAGUAUCCCUGUUAACCUGGGUUCUAAAUACGUACAAGAGUGUGGAGAUGAUGGGCCAUCCGGAGCUUAUUUCCGAGAGCAGUAACCAGCUGGAGUCGCUGUUGCCCCAGGAUGUAGUUGAUGACCUCCUCAGCAAAUAUGUUCAGACUUUCACGUCUAAUAUUACCGGCUGGCUGAGAAAAGCCCUGGAAACGGACAAGAAGGACUGGCAGAAAGAAACCGAGCCCGAAGCAGACCAGGAUGGGUACUACCAAACCACACUGCCUGCCAUUGUCUUCCAGAUGUUCGAACAGAACCUGCAAGUGGCUGCCCAGAUCGAUGGGGACUUCAAAGAACAGGUUCUCAAACUUUGCCUGAAACAGAUGAACUCCUUCCUCAUUCGGUACAAAGAAGAGGCCGUGGCCUACAAAGAGGAACACCUGCGAGAUCGACAGCUGCCUCAGUGUUACGUGCAAUACAUGAUCGCCAUCAUAAACAACUGCCAAACAUUCAAAGAGUCCAUCACCAGUCUGAAGAGGAAGUACUCUCAGUCAUCCGAGGCCACUGAUAGUGACGUCGCCAUAGAGAGGACCCUCAAUGAGGUAGCCAAGGAGGGAUGCCAGUUCCUGUUAGAUGAAGUCUUCCUGGACCUUGAGCAUCAUCUCAGCGAGCUGCUGACCAGGAAGUGGCUGUCAGGCUCUCAUGCGGUGGACACCAUCUGUGUGACGGUGGAGGACUACUUUAAUGACUUCAACAAGAUUAAGAAACCCUUCAACCAGGAGAUGACAAGUGAAGCCCUGCGGAGGGUUGUGGUGGACUACAUAAAAGCAGUGAUGCAGAAGAGGAUCACCUUUCGGAAUGCUGAUGAGAGGAAGGAAGGGGCUGAAAGGAUGAUCAAAGAAGCCGAUCAGUUCAAGUUCCUCUUCAGAAAACUGGCUGCUGGAGAAGACACUGAUCGUCUUUGCGGGGCCAUUGUGGCCAUUGCUGAAGUUUUCAAGCUGACUGACCCCACUCUGCUUUUCCUGGAGGUCACCACAUUGGUUUCCAAAUACCCUGACAUCAGGGAGGAGCACAUCCAGGCGCUGCUGGCGGUGCGCGGUGAUGCCAGUCGUGAAAUGCGCACCAUGAUCAUCGGAACUCUCAGCGAGAACAAAGUAUCAUACGGAGGUGUCUCCCAGCCCAUCUUCAAAGACAUCACAGUACCCUCCAUCUCCAUGACGACCAUGACCUCCAUGGCAACUGCCAAGCUUCUCAAAUAAAGCCAACAUCUCUAUUCACGUCUUGAGGAAAUAACCUGUUUUUCUCCUCAAAAAAAUCACUUCUGUUUUGUUUAUUGCACCUUUCUGCGUUUGUGUCAUCGCCAAGCUUGAUCACACGUGUGCUUGAGGAAAUAAUAAAUGUAUAACUGUAAAAAUGA